GGUUGAGAAGUGGGGUGUACCGGGAUACCGAUUGAUAUGAUUCGUUAGACUUUUUCACAAGUGAACUCUCCUGCAAGAUCAUGUCCCCAGUGGAGACGUGCGACGCUGACGUUUAACUCUCGUUUUCGUGACGGCAUUGAUGUAAUGAUUGUGAUGAUUUCAGGACGCCGGUGUCACGCCGACGCUCAGACAUUGUCGCGUCUCCUUGUGUCGCUGAGUCUAAGCAGCCAUCGCAGUUUUGCUGCCAUGUAGUGUGCGCUGCAGACGAUCGAUUAGUUGGGUCUGCCCAUGAUAUUACAUGAUACGGGAGGAAAACGUCGACUAAAGAACGCUUGUUUAAGUUAAAAUAGUUGGCUUGAAAGCCAACCUUGCUCAUGAAUGACAAAGCGGCUUUAAGAUUUCAACAUUUUGAACGACAUUAACGCUUGAAAGCGACGCUUUGGUGUCGAGGCUCCGGUGAAAGAUGUCGGUUUACAGGGGCAUCGGCGGCGAUCAGUACAUGAGGAAACAGAUACCAAAGAAUGCCAAGUAUCAACACGUCAAAACAAAACUGGACACGGGGGUUAGCCUGACCAAGUAUAUGGAGCGCCUGGAGGAGAUAAAACAAAACUACAAGUUCAACAAAGGUGAAAUCUUCAAACGCUUUAAAGUGACAACGUUUGCAGAGUUGAUACUUCAGGUGGCGUCAGUGUCGGACCUGAAUGAAUGUGUCGACGGUGAUUCGUGUCACAGCCCUCACGAUGAUGGCAGCGGUGACAGCGGCAUGUUGUUGCAGGCGGGGUACGUCAACAGCUUGUUGGAGUCCAAUGAUGCGCAGGAUCAGGAACACAUCCAGCCCAUGAGGUCCACAUUGCUCAGCGUGAUCAACGGCGUGGGUGAGCUGAACAUGAACGGCGACAAAGCAAAGGCGGCCAACGAGGAUGUGGACGCUGACGCCGAAAAGCCCUACCAAGAUUGUCCCUACCUGCUGCUGGACGUGCGCGACCGCGACCUCUACGACCAGUGCCACAUCAUUUCAGCUCACAGCUUUCCCAUAGCCUCGCUGUCCCGUUCCACGAACCCUUACACCAGGGAAAUACUGGAAUACAAAAACGCCGAGGGUAAGAUCAUCAUCGUGUACGACGAGGAUGAGCGCAUCGCCAGCCAGGCGGCAACCAGCAUGUGCCAGCGUGGCUUCGAGAACCUUUUCCUGCUCAGCGGAGGUCUCAAGGUGCUCGCUCAGAAGUUCCCUGACGGUAUGACCACUGGCACCUUGCCCGCCUGCUGCUUUCCCCCUCCCGUGCCGUCCAAGUGGAAGAAGAGCGCCCCGCCGCCGCCACCCUUGCCGCCGCCAGCGAUGCCGGUGGUUACGCAUAGAUGGAGGUUCAACGCCGACGAGCUUGGCAGAAUCGAAGCCCACCUGGAGAACUUCAUCAUGAUGGGCAGUAGUCGUACAUCAAGUCGAAUUUCGACAAGCAGCAGUUUGCCUAAGGUGUCCAGCGCCCGCUGCAGCCGCAUGACGUCCUCCUCCGCGUCUUCGGUUUCCUCCAGGGACAGCGGACGAGUUCAAAGGCCGUGGAAGUGAUCGCACCAACAACGGCGUCUCCUGUUGCUCAUCUUCAGUAGUAUUUUUUUCUUUUUUUAACAUUUCAAUGCGUUUGCACAUGAGUGUCUUUUGCACUCCAAUGAAGGGUCAGUGGAUCAUAAUUUUAUUUCUUGAUUUGUAUUCAUAUUUAAAAGUCGUUUGAAUGCUGCAUUUUUGUAAAUGACACCACAACACGUCUUAAUGAUUAUUGUAAAUCUUAAUGAGUGAAGUGUAUGUGCGUGUGUGUUGUAUUGUGAGUGUCAAACUCAAAGGUUACAUGAUCAGAAAUUAGUUUAUUUUCCUUCCAAGUGACCUUUAAAUAAAAUAGAAAGUGUUUGUUGCAAUUGUUGAA